AUGGUCGAUUCCCUGGACGAUGCCCACGAGGCGGCAGCCUCUGAACCCAAGUUCACCAACGAGGUUGAUGUCGAGCAAUCAUUUGGCCCCGAGCGCCGGAAAGUGCGAGGCUUCUCGUGGUUUCUCGUUGUCGUCAGUAUCCUGUCCAGCAUCUUCCUCUAUGCGCUGGACAACACCAUCGUCGCCGACAUCUUGCCGGCAAUGAUCAAUGACUUUUCCUCGGUUGAUCAAUUGGGAUGGCUCUCCGUUGGGUUUCAAAUUGGAGGUGUCGCGGUCAUCAUGCCUCUGAGCAAGAUUUACGGCCUUUUCCGCGUAAAAUGGCUCUAUCUGCUUUCCUGUGUUAUCUUCAUGGCCGCGUCGGCGCUAUGCGGAGCUGCCCCAGAUAUUAAUGCGGAAAUCGUGGGCCGCGUCUUUACAGGCGCUGGAGGCAUUGGUCUUUAUAUCGGGGUGAUGAUCUUACUUUCUGUCAAUACCACCGAGCAAGAACGACCUAUGUAUCUUAGUCUUGUUGGUCUGGUCUGGGGUAUUGGAACUGUCCUCGGCCCCGUUAUUGGCGGUGCGUUUGAAAAAGUCACCUGGCGUUGGGCUUUUUACAUCAACCUCAUCAUCGGUGCCGUUCUAGCUCCCAUCUGGGUCUUCCUCCUCCCCAACACCGCUCAUCCAUGCAAACACCUUUCUCUUGGCCAGCGGCUGCGCAGCUUCGACUCAGUAGGAUGCAUCCUAAGCAUGGGAGCUAUCAUCACCACGAUCAUGCCAAUCAACUUCGGCGGAGGACUGUAUGAGUGGAGGAGCGCUGCUAUUAUCACUCUCUUCACCGUCGGCGGUGUUCUUUGGAUCUUGUUCGGUAUUCAACAGACUCUUAACAUUUUCACAUCCGCGACGGAUCGCAUGUUCCCCAUCCAAUUUUUACGGAACAAGGAGGCUGUGCUUCUGUUUAUCCUGGCGGCGACGUGUAAUGCGGCCGUGUUUAUUCCCGUCUAUUAUGUUCCCAUUUUCUUCCAGUUUACCUGGGGAGAUGAUGCCUUAGCUUCUGCCGUGCGUCUCUUGCCGCUCAUCUUCCUGCUUUGCGCGACUAUCUUGACCAACGGGUGGUUGAUGUCCAAGUUGGGCUACUACAUGCCUUGGUAUGCCAUUGGCGCCGCUUUGAUGCUUAUAGCAAACGUGUGCCUCUCGCAAAUCGACAACCACACAUCCCCCUCCUACAUCUACGGCUUCGAAGCCCUCCUCGGUAUUGGCGGCGGAGCAUUCGUCCAGGCCGGCUACGCCGUGAUCCAAGCAGUCGUUGCCCCUGAAGACUUGGGAUACGCAGUCAGUUUCAUGAUGGUCGCGCAAAUUGGUGGCAUCGCACUAGGCCUAGCAAUUGCCAGCGCCGUCUUCGUCAACGGGGCCACGGUCCAGCUCCAGGAUCUCCUGCCCCAAUAUCCCAAGGAUCAGUUGCAGGCCGCGAUUUCGGGGACUAGUAGCCAGGUGCUGCAAGCUUUGUCGCCUGAGUUGCGGGAAGGCGCGCUGAGUUUGAUCGUGUCCAAUAUGGAUAAGGUGUUUAUCGUGGCGUAUGCCGGGUCUGCGGUUGCGUUAGUGGGGUCGCUUGCUCUUUCGAGGAAACGCGUCUUCCUACCUGCUGCAGCAGCGGCUUAG